GGAGAAGUGCGGUCCAUGUUUUACAGCCAAGCAUUUUUCCUCAUCUUUCGCGGCGGAAAACAGCCCUUGGAGAGGACCUACGGGUAUCCUGCAGUAGCGAAUUGUCAAGAUCAAUGGUGCCGAGCCGGGUCGAGGAAGGCCGAGAGGCGGGGCUGGGGCCGAGGCCCUGCUUCAGUUCCGCUCAGGUUUUCGACAAGUGAAUACGCGACAUGUCACAAUCUCAAAGAUCACGACGAUCGCACUGAUAUGGCUUGCUAUCCGAUACUAAUUCUUCUCAUUGCAGAACUAGUCGAUGGAUUACGACUCAUCGAGGUGAGGAUAGACAAACACACCGUUCUGGGAAACAGCACUCUGCUGGAAUGCAGAUUUGACCUCCAAGGCGAAAACCUUUAUUCAGUUAAAUGGUACAAGGAUGGGCAUGAGUUCUAUAGGUAUGUCCCGCGGGACAUUCCUCCAGCUCAGAUUUUCGAACUUCCCGGCGUAUACGUAAGGCUGGACAAAUCCAACGAGAGCGAAGUGAGAUUGGAAAACCUCACUCUCAGAAGUAGCGGCAAGUACAGAUGCGAGGUCUCGGGGGAAGCUCCAAAUUUUCAGACAGUCUCUGACCACGGAGACAUGAUUACUGUCGCCCUGCCGGAAAAAGGUCCGACGAUCGACGGAGGCCGGCCGAGGUAUCAGGUCGGCGAGAUGGUGGACCUCAACUGUACCUCAGGACCGUCCAAACCGCCUGCCCAGCUCAUCUGGUACAUUAACGGCGCACAGGCUAAUGGAACGCUGUUACGCGGCCCGAGGACGAGGGUGGUGAAAGGAGGACUCGAGGAGACAACCCUGGGGCUCGAGUUUAGAGUGGAAAGAAAACACUUCAGGCGGGGCCACUUGAAACUCAAAUGUCUCGCGAGCAUCGCCACAAUCUACUGGAACUCGAAUGAGGAGAGCGUCGAGGGUGACAGGCAGCAAAGGCCGCCGGCCCUGGAGGUGAAGGACAAUCUACCCCAUUCCUCCAGGACGGACAGAGUACUCGUUUCGACCAUAACCGGUGGUGUGUCGACAGCAUUGCUCAGCGUUAUGACCCUUUUUCUCUCGUUGAACAGCGUUUUCUUUCUCAGCUAGUCGUUAAACUCGAACGUCGAGUCAAGGACAAUAAAUAGAGUUCAAGGGCUACCAAUUAUGUUGUAUUAUAAAAAAAAGUGAUAUUUUUAAAUUUGUAUUUCCAAUGUAAAAAGCAAAUCUUAUUAUUGUAUAGAGUUAGUGUUAUUUCUGUAUUUCUAAUGCGUGUUUUAUUACGGCAUGCAAAUGUCUGAGGAAAUUUAUUCAAUAUACUUUCAGUUCUUUUUUAAGAAGAUUUUAAAAUUAAUUUCUAUUGCUUGUUGAAUUAUUCGCUAUUUUAUAGUGAAGGUUUCUUUUUGUACACUUUACAAUCCUCUAUGGAGAAAAUUAACAUAACAAUAUGAUUCAUGUACAAUAAAAAAAAAAAAA